AUGGGAGGCAGUGGUGAUCAUGGUCAUGAUGGCCAUGAUGAUGUUACUAGGGAAGAACUCUUUAAAGAGUUCAAACCAAGCAUUAAAUACCGAUUUACUAGUAUCGUUGGGUCAAUAAUUGACAAACCUGUCUCUCUUUUUCACGAACAAGUUGUUAACAGAGUUCGCACUCCAUACCCAUAUUAUCAUAAGCGGUACGACCGUGUUCCAACCAUUGACCAGUGUUUAACUAAUGACUUGGCUUGCAUCGAGGAGGCCAAUCAGCAAUUCCAUAGAGACCGGCUAGUGGAUCUCAAUAUAGUUCGUAUUCUGCGAAAACGCAAAAACGAAUGUAUGCGGUGGUACAAUUAUGAAAAAGAAGAUGUUUAUCAAUUCUGUGGUCCUAUGUUCACUGAAUAUGAAGAUGCAGCCGUCAACUACUACAUUAAAUAUGGAGAAUUACACUGGUCAACAAGCGUUGUUGAUGCUUUUAUGAAACAGAAACAUCGUUUACUAUGGGAAAAACGUUACGGCCCAGUUGGUAAAGCCUCUGAUGAGAAAAAGAAACUAGCUGCAGCUGAGAUAUACCGAAAGAAGUUCAUCUGUAGUUUACUGAAUCUAGGUAGCUCCAAGUGUUUAUUAUUACCGAACUUCAAAGAUGGAUAUGAUACAAUUCUCGUAUGGUUAUAG